UUAGGAUCUUCUUCCUCACAUGUUAAGCUCUAACUUCUUAACUGUACAAAUUACAGCAUUUAAUUCGUUCCAAAUUACCUAUCUGAUUUCUACUCUUUCCUCUUACAAAAAUCGCGCUUCUAUUUUGUUGGUUAAUCAUGGCUGCAAAUUCUUCAUCCUCGUACAAAAUCCGGAGUCUUGUUACAUUGCUUCACCAGUACUAUAGAGUUCGCUUUGAUGCUAAAUCCUCUCAGUUACAGGGCCUUCAUGGCAUUGUUCCAACUACUAGGAUGGGUUAUCGUGGCUCAGCAAAUCCAGGAUUACGGUUUACCUGUUCAGGAGAGUAUCGAAUAGUGAAUAAGAAGGAUCAGGGAAAGAAUGAAGCAAGCAAGGUUCCUCCAGUAGAGCCACCUCCUUCUAAGCCCACUUUUUUUGCUUGGGCAAAAUGGCUUUUGGGUUCCAUACUAUCAAUAUUCCUCCCAUUAUGGAAGGAAAAUUGGGACAGCUUUCGAAAAAUUGAAGGAGAGGUAGAGAAGGUGGCGGAAGAGGUGGAAGAAGCUGUGGAGGUAGUAGCGUUGGUGGCGAGUAAAACGGAAAAUGUAAUGGCAGGGGUUGCCGUUAAGCUCCCAGAAAAUAGCCUACUCAAAGAAGCAGCUAUAGCAAUUGAAAAUGCAUCUGAUGUGGUUGCUAAAGAUGCUCAACUUACUUCUAAUUUCAUUCACAAGGUUGAAGAUUUGGAGCAAGACUUGAAGGACUUGGACAAAAUGAUUGAACCUUUAAUUGAAAAAGUGGAAGAACCCAAAUGAGGCAAAAAAUAGUAGUAGUACAAGUACAUAUUUAUUUAUUUUUUUGUGCCUCAAAUAUCAUUAAAAAAAAAGAGGCCAUAUAUAUUCUUCAGUUUUAGAGACAAUUCCGAACAAUGUUAAUAUAUAUUAUGGAAAACAUUCAAUUUCUUUGAUUAUAAAGAGAC